UCCAGAUCUCGAACAGCAUCAUAGUACUCAGGUAUGCUCGUCGUGUAGCCGCGCGAUGGAGCACCACCACCACCGACACCGUCUCGCGCACAGCAGAUCGGAUGCGUAGAACUCGCCCGCCAUGACGGAGAUCCAAGUGAGCAUCACGUCGUGUCUGGAUGCCACCAAGCAGGCAUUCCACGACGGGUCGGCCAUCCUCGACAAGAUCAAGAAGAAGCGCGCACUCAAACGAGCCCCACCUCCGCCGCGACUACUCGAAGAGAGCAUAGACCAGGCGCCCGAUGAGAUCGAAAAAGAGAAACAGAGAGGACUGGCGCGGUUCGGCAAGGCGUUCCAAGAGGGUGACCACAUUGCGAUUAUCCAGCUCCAGCAGGUGACGAUCCAGCUGCAAGCGAGUCUGUUGGAAAAGCUGCGCAAUGCUGCGUUUGACGAUGACCACGCCAUAACGGACUUCACAUACUUGGUGGACGCGGCAGAUGGAGGGCGGGACAAGACGAUUGCAGUGCUGCAUGAGUUCAAGCAGAGAUUACUGAAUGGCACCUCUCGCGAGGAUUUUCAUUCGCCCUCGCCGAAUUCAAGCAAGAGCAACCUGACCGUGCAGUCGCCGGUCCAAACCCCGCCUGUGCAGACACCGCCUGGGGAAAUAGCGCCCAAGACGCGGACGGAAAGCACGCUGUCGCAACCGCUACAGCACAAAACCCUGCCCAAGCCAGCCGAGACUGGUAACCUCAAGAAGCAUCCAACGUGGUCACGAGAUUUCAGCGCAUCAGGCUCGGAGGAUGGAGACGCCGUAUCAGGUGCAGACGAGAUUGUGGAGCACCGGCACAAGAAACGGAAUUCGCUGCUUCACUUCCUAAAGCACACCCGGACCAACAGUUCGACCGACAAACACUCUUUGUCUGGUGCUAUUGCAGAAGAAAUACCACGCUCAAAUGGCAACGCGACACCAGCAGGACAACUGCCGUUCGGGCCUGCCACUGAUGAUAACACAGCGCCAACAUCGAAUCCUGCGAGUGGGAAUAAUCGCGAUCGCGCUGCAACGACCAGCUCGAAUUCUGGAAGCACCGCACGAGAGCCGCGAUUCACGUACGAAGAAUGGGAAGACAACCCAUCUGAGAUCUGGGGUGCUCGCCCUUCUCAUUUGGACCGAAGAGAGACUGUGGCUAUUGCACCGCAUGCACAGAAGGACGACGAUCAUCCCAAUGCGCUCAGUCGACAAGUCUCGCAUACCAGUUCGGGACAGCCGCCCAGCCCAGUCCUCACAAAUCGCACCAACUCGAUGGCCCCGUCCUUUGCCAGCUUCGGCGGCGCGAUGGCAGCAGGCUUUGGCGCCCCACUGUAUCCAAGUGCAACGCAAUCAUCGGUAGCAAUCGUCCAGCCCACCCCUGACAAUGAUUACCUUGGAUUCUGCAAAGCCGCGUGGAAGCUGCAGAACGGAGACAAGAAGAAUAGCUUUGGUGCGCACAAGCAGGUGGAGCCAUGGAGUCGACAUCCUGGAGCCUACGCUGCAGCAGCUUCGUACCUUGCCUGUUCACAUGGUAAAUGCGCAUUCAGAUCGAACUUCACCCAUCAUGACGUUGACGUCAUCUGGAACAAAUGCUUCACGAUUGAAGCCAAGGGCAUCAAGUUCCGCUGGAAAUUCCUUGCCAAGAGCCAUGUGAUGCAGAAAGUUGUCGUGAAAGGAAACUACUCUUUCAAGUGUCUUUUCUGCGCCUUACAAGGUCUACAAGGCGGCGGUGGUGUCUACCAUGGAAUCGACUACUACCUAGACCAUGUCAAUGAAGCACAUCGCGGGACGAGGAUGAAUGAGGUUGUGUUGUACAAGACGGGAUGCAUCAUCGACCGUGUGGCGGAGGACACUGAAGACUUUGAUGUCAAUCUAUGGCCCGCAUCGGCAGGUCCCAAUACUUCCGAGACAGGCAGGAAAGGCACCGAGUGGUUGAACGACGAUCUCAUGAUGGGUGACCCGUAUCGAGAAGGACGGGACGAUUCGAUGUUCUCGGCGAACGAACCUUGGAACGAGGGCCUCAGUGACUUCCACUACCGCGGCGAAUUCGAUCGAACAGAACUGGAAUGAGUCGACAUUUGGCAGUACUUGAAUCAGAUGAGUGGUUGGCUCGCAAGGGCUGGCAUCUGCUAUGACCGCCAGACACGAAGGAUGCAGAGCUUCUCCCAGCCUGCAGAUUUUCCGCUCGAGGAGAUUAUUUCCGCUUGCCACAAGCCCACGACUGACCAGCCUCGCACGCGCGUGGCAACUUCCUCGGGCUUGUUCUGCUUGCAAAGUAAAAUAUACGCGAUACCGCGAUCACUAAGAACAUCCGCGAGUUGGCUGAGCAAUCGAUCUGUCGUUUCCAUGCCAUCUGCGCCUCCGGCGUACGACAAGGACAGCAAAUGCGAAUCUCGAUCGAAGCGGUCCAUGUUCGAAAGUGAUUUGUAAUCCGAUUGGUCGUUCCAUUGCGCUGGCAGCUCUUCUGUGGGCACGUAUGGCGGAUUGAAGAUGAGAAUAUCUAUGGAUCGCGGCCGUAGACUGGUUGUCAGAUCGCCGCAUACGCUAUCGAGGAAUUGGCCUCUCUUUUCGCCAUCUGAAUCCUUUACUGCGCCCUUUACAGUCUGCGUAGUCGCGGAACAAGCGAAGGUAUUAAUGUCGAUUCCAAGACUGGCCACGUCCGAACGGCCCAGGAUGUGAUGCGCAUUGGCUGUCGCGAACGCUAAAACGACGCCAGAGCCUGUCCCGACUUCAAGCACUAGUGGAGCAUCGGAGUGCGCUGGAAAGCGAUUCUUGAGGAAUGCUGACUCUGCUUCUGAUGACAGAGUGUCGAGCAACAAGUACGAGUCCUCAGCUGGCUCGUAGAUAUGAUCGUAGUUGACAUGAGAUGUUGACGGUGUGGGUAGCAUGGCGUAUCGAGGCUCUCUAGGUUUUUGGAUGGAGACCAAGCGUUCCGAGGUCACCUUUACAAAUCAAUAGGAUGUUUAUCAUGCAGACAGUAGAACAGUCAAGCAGUUGAAACAGAAAUACCAAGCC